AUGGAGUCAGCGCUGCUGCGCAUCCCACCCACCAGCAAGCGCACGCAGCCGAGCAAAGUCGGACCCGCCGCGGCGGGCCCUGUUAUGAAAGAGCCGUCCCGCGUCGCCUCCUCAGCGUCCAAUUUUCGCUUCCCAUCGUUCACCGCUCCGCAUCAGCCGCAGUCCCUCAUCAGCAGCAGCAUCGUCAGUAGUAGCAGCAGCAGCAGCAGCAGCAACAGCAGCCGCAGCAGUAGCAGCGGCGGCCAAAGCCAACCCCAGGGCAUAGCCAACUUCAGCGAGCUGCGGCACCUUCGGAGCAGCGCCCACAGCAGCCCCAGACCUCAAGAUACCGCCGUCAGUUCAACGUCCGCAACGUCGGGCACACGCCGACUGCCGCCGGCUUCGACAAGCUUCCAGCGUGCCGCCACACGGACUCCCCCGCUGUCGACGUACCAGCGCUACUCGGCCGGACUGAAAGAGUCAAACAAGUGCCCGACCCCCGGGUGCAUUGGUCUCGGGCACGUCACCGGGCUCUACUCCCAUCACCGCAGCCUCUCCGGAUGCCCGCGGCGCGAUAAGGUGUCGUCUGAGUUGCUCGCCCUCCACGAGACCAUUCUGAAAUGCCCCACACCGGGCUGUAACGGGCGGGGGCACGUCAGCACCGGCCGCAACUCGCACCGCAGUCUCUCCGGAUGCCCGAAGGCGGCCGCCAGCAAGGCAGCGGCCCGGGAACUCAAGUACCAGAAUGGUCUUCUGUUUCGUCAGAAGCUUCACACCGCCGUUAUAAAAUAUCAGCAACUCAGUGACUGUCGGACCGCCGCGCUGGUGGCAACAACUGGCACACCAGCAGACAACGCACCACCGACUAGCAGCAGCAGCAACAGCAGGGUAACCGCAUCGUCCGGUCACGGUCUGCGAUUGGCGGAGGAUCUCAGCGGCAAGGCGACGGUGAUCGUGAAGACUGAGCAGCACGAGGGCGAACUCCAGGGCGACUCCAGCCUCUCGUCCAGCUCGUCGUCCUUCUUCUCCGCGUAUGAGUCUGGCCGAUCGGCCGGGCAGACCAGCAGCAGUACAGCAGCAGCCGGACACCGGCAGCCAGUGAGUGACCCCGCGAUGCUCGAGAGCGCGUACGGCCGGGACCAGGAGCUGGUCCGCUACGGCCAGAUGGACGACCUACGUCCGCACCACCACCAUCACCACCUCCACCACCACCAGUAUACGAGCGUGGCGCACUACGACGCACCCGGACCCGGACCCGGACAGGGUCCGUCCGGAACGGGCGGAUGGUCCUACGACCCGGGGGCAUUCGAGCGCUACGACGGGGCGACGGGCUACGGCGGGCAGAAGGGCCCCACCGGGCAAGCCGCACCAGUCUACGGAGCGUACGCGCCACUUGACGACUACUCCAGCCUGCCGGGCCUGCAGGGCAACCAGGGCGGUGGCUCGCUGCUAAUGGCCCCGGCCGCGGUCCCGGCCCUGCUCAAGAUGGAGCUGCCGGACGAGUACCCGCGGCACGUCUACCACUACCACGAUACGACGGCGAGCGUCGCCUGUUCCGGCGCUCAGGUCAGCCCGGCCGCGUCCCUCUCCGUAUCGGCGGCCACCAACAACACCAACACCAACCCGCACAGCUCGGGCUUCUCCGCCAUCAACCUGAGCGUCAAGGUGGCAACACCCAGCGAGGGCGGCCAUCUUGGAUCGCCAUCCCGGUCCGGUGAGGGCGAAAGGUCGUCCGCGCACACGGAACCGCACGCCUCCUCGCCGACCGACCUCGGAGUGUCCUCGUCGUCGUCGUCGUCGUCGUCGUCCACCACGGAGAACCAGCCGAGCCGAGCCGGCGAGCCCCGGGCGAGCUCGUCCCGGGCGAGCCCCAAGCCGGCCACCAGCCCGAACCACGUCACCGCCAACAGCCCGCACACGGCGAGCCCCCAGGGACACACGCUGGACCUGAGCGUCAACCGCAUGCCCCACGCGUCCGGCAGUCCGGCCCAGUACAGCACAUCACACCAGGCGGAAACGGCGGAGCCGGCGGCGGCGACCAACGUCCGCUCGCCACCGGCCGAACCCGUCGACUUCAGCGGACCCACGUCGGCCGGGGCGGGCAGGUCCGGCGGGCUCGGCUUCGGCUUCAUGGGACCACCGGGAGCGGCCGCCCAGCCCGGCUACAGCCGCGAGUCCACGCCCGACAGUGCCGCCUCCCACUACUUGGAGGGCUACCGGGAUCAGCACAGUGGGUACAGUCCGCAUCCUGGGUACGGUAUGGUGGAGUACGCGAACGGUUACCCCGGUUACGGCACAAACUACCAGGCGUGCCCACCGUUCGGUGCCUCGCUUGGCCGGUACGGUGUUACCGUCCCGACAGGGUAUACGCCAACGGGUGGUGCCUGCUACGCCAUGCCGCCACCAUCCCACAUUCCGUCGUCCCACGACAAGCUCUUGAAGGACGGCCUCACUGGAUUGGCGCGUACCGAUAGGCAGUACCACCACCACCAACACCACGCCAACACCCAGGAACUGAAGUGCCCGACGCCCGGGUGCGACGGAUCGGGACACGCCACCGGCAACUACUCGUCCCACCGUAGCCUGUCCGGGUGUCCGCGAGCUACGAAGCCGAAGAACAAACCACGCGAUGGCCAAGAGUCGGAACCGCUCAGGUGUCCCAUUCCAGGUUGCGAUGGAUCGGGCCAUUCGACGGGCAAGUUUCUAUCACACCGCAGCGCCUCCGGAUGUCCGAUCGCGAACCGGAAUCGGAUACGGGUCAUGGACACGGCCCACGGACAUGGUGGUCAGGGCGGUGUCGAAUCGCUGAGUUCCCACCACCCGAAGCUGAAUGCAGCGGCCAGCGACCAGUGGUCGGUCGGCCAGGACCUACCGCUCAAGAAGACCAAGUACUCCGACGACCAUCCGAUGAUCGUGACGUCCGGUUAUGGCAAACCGUACUCCACCAUGUCCGACAUACUGGUGUCGGCAGAACGGGACGCGUCGGGCAACCGGAGCGCCAGCGCCAACAGCACCAGCAUCGCUACUAGGUCGCAGGACUCGCACCUGGUGGGUUCUACGCUCAGCACCCAUUCGCCCACCGCCGAUGGACCCCAUCCGAACGACGGUGAUGGCGUUUGUGCCGGCCCCGUUACCGGCAGCGGAAGUACCGGCGAAGAUCUGCUGUCGCUCGAGGCCGAGAUCUCCGAGUUGCAGCGGGAGAACGCCCGUGUCGAGUCGCAGAUGCUGCGGCUGAAGACCGACAUCAGUGCGAUGGAGUCGCAUCUUGGUAACACCGACCGGGAAAGUGAGGCAAACUCGGACAUUCGUGGCAACCACGUAGCAGGCUACUACGACCAUCUGCGCAAUAACGUGAUCACCUUGCUCGAGAAUGUCAAAAUCCCGCCCAUCCCCGCCCGCUCCUCGUCUGGUCUGCAUCUGGACGGGUGCUGUGGCCCGUUGCUCCCCGACGGCAGUGGGCAAACGCGGACGCCCUCUGGUGGUGAGGACUCGCGGCAACUAACACUGGGCUCCACGGACAAAGGACAGUCCUCUCCGGCCCAGCCAGGCCCCAGCCCCGUACCACCGACGGCCAGCGCACACCAACGGGGCCCACCAGUACCCGACGAGGGUACCGGCGGCCAGUUUGACAACUACCUGUCAAAGCUGCAGUCGCUGUGCUCGUCGCAGCCGGCCGUCGAUGUUGACGGCCUGCACCUCGUCACUCACCAGCAGCUCGCUCACCCACCAGCGCACCUACCACACCCCAACCAGCAACAUCUCAAUCAGCAGCAUCACCCAGAAGGGCACGUGCCACCGCAACCCCUACCAUCCAUACCACUGCCGCCGCUGUCCGGUGUGGGCCCCGUCGAUAGCAACUUUGGGGCACCUCUAACCACACCGAUCUAG